ACACUUGCAACAAAUUUGGGUGCUAAAAAGUGAAUAAAUCCAAACUGUUGAUCAUUUUACUACCAGCCAUUCCAAAUUUUACUACCAGCCAUCUUUCUGUUCCAAAUUUACUGCAGAUAAUCUGCCAGGAGACAGGCUGCAAAGGUUGAUUGAAUCAAUGGAGACUAUUAAUAAUAAAUUAGAACAAAAUGGCUUGCAGCCAAUAACCAAGCAAAAUAUUUUAUAUUAUUACAUUCCCAUGGAUGGAUGUGUGGGAUUUGUAAUUCUAGGCUCACAAAUGUUAAGUCCUGAAUUCUACUCCAAGUUCAAGUUCCUAAUGAUUCCACGCACUGUUUCUCUGACCAAUGCCUGCCUGGGGACAUCGCUCUUGGGUUCAGCUUUGUACAUCAGCUCCCGAUCUCAUAUGAAGUCCUUACCAAUCUCCCAGAAAAUUUCCUACAGCAUUCUGGGUAGCUCGCUGCUGAACCUUGGUAGCGUCCUAGGCUGGGCACUGUGCCGCAGCUGGGUCAGUGGUGACGACAGUGCAGGAGGCUCAGGGGUGCUGCUGCGGGCUGUGGCUGGCGGUGUGGCUGCUGCUGGUGUCAUCACUCUCGCUCGCUCUUACCUCAACUUUGUUGACGACCAAAUUUCUAAAGCCAAGUAGUAACCUCAAUGGCAUUAGUGUUGCACAGCCCACUUUGUGGCAAUAAUGCCCGUGUAGUGAGAGCUCUGUCAUGUUCUCCUGGCACUACUGUCAGCUAAGUCAUCAGCCAAUGGUGCUGUGACUCGACACAAGUAUUUAUUAUGCUCAUGGUUAGUUAUUCGCUUUCCAAAUACGAUGUUGUGGUUCGAAUUUAUUGUCUAUGCGCCGUAUAUUUCAUUUUUUAGCGAUAUCUGAAAUAACAUAUAUCGACCAAAGAUAAAAAAAAUUUUGAGAUGUUGCAUUGGUUUGAGGAAUAUUAUUGCUUUCAAGAUCCCAUAAACAAAGCCUUAUAUUGUACGUAUCUAUGGUUAUUGACAUCGGCAUAUAUAUAGGUUAAUUCAAGUCCUGCGUUAAUUUGUUCAUUAAACUUACUAAUGGAUAAGUUAAACUUACUAAUGGAUAAGGUAGCGGGAUUAUUUCUCUGCAUGUAUAAAAUUUACAUCCUCCAUUCCGCCAAAGACAUUAAUCGUCUACUCUUAUUUUUGAACACACUUUUGACAAUUUGUAUCGAAGACGUCAAGUUACAAUUAUGUUGGACUUUACCACCAAGUUGGAAACCAAAAAAAACGAGAUAAGAGAUGCACAGUAAUAAGGUCCUUAAGAUAGAAGUAACAGCAAAGUUUUAGUUAGUAGAAUAAAAUAUUUGUUUUAUCUCUCAUUACUCGUCACUUCGUGAAAUGCUUUAUGUUGCGAAGUUUCGUGAUAGUAAAGUUUUGUGAUGUUUGAUUGUAAAUACAUUUUUGUGAUGAUACAAGUCGUGGUGACA